UGUCAAAAAGAGGAGACAAAUGAGGACUAAAUAAAUUCCACCAAACAGAAUCACUAAAUUCAAGAAAACAGGGACCAUUUAAGGCGCUCAAAGACAUAUCGAAAAAUAGUGGUAGCAAAAAAACCUUUUGGUCACAACAUAUAAAUUAAAACAAAUUGAAAAAAGUGAUUCUGUUUCUCCAACUAAAGUCUGAAUUCUAUAUUUUUGCGAAUAUAGUAUUUUUGCUGCGUUGCCUUUUUGCUGUUAUUCUGGGUUCCCAUUCAAGAGUGGAAACUGGAAUCUUUAAAAGUCUUCUAAAAAAAACAUAAAAUUUGCAUUUGAUAUUUCAAAUCAUUUUGAGUGGCAAUAAUAACUUGGCCUUCUACAUUGCGGUUUACUUUAUCCUGGGAAAUUUCUAAAACUGUUUAUUUUUGAAAUGAAAUGAAUGUGUCCUGGUUCAAUGCUUUUGUUGGCUCCGUUAUCAACAAUACAGUGACAACUUGUGGAUCGGCCGCCACACAAAUCUACAGUGCUUAUCAACAACAACGUUUCCAAUUGCUGGGAAACUCAUCUGCGCUGAGUGUAUUGCAGGCCACUGUUGCUGCAUUACAUCCGAAGGCUGUCUAUAUACGUUUAGUGGAAAAAUCGGCUGAAGCCCUGGAGCAUUUGAUAUACGCUGCACUUGCAUACUUUUUAGUAUGCUUCGCUAUUUACACAUUAAUCUUCCGAUACAAAGGAUUAAGUCAAUUGCGCCUGCCAUGGCCCGUCUCAAGCACUGCCAAAAGGGUACUCUUUGUUACUUCACAUCCCGAUGAUGAAUGUAUGUUUUUUGGGCCCCUCAUAUAUUCGUUGACGCGUCAGGAAAAGUGUGAGGUGUAUUUGCUGUGUCUUUCGAAUGGAAACUAUGAAAAGAAAUCAUCACAGCGACGAGAAGAGCUCUGGCAUGCUUGCACUCAUCUGGGAAUAAAUCAGGGCAAUAUUAUACUAGUCAAUGCAACCAAUUUACCCGAUGAUCCAAAUGUUGAUUGGAAAACAGAUGCCGUGGCUACUAUUAUUCUAAAUACGGUAGAAACGUUAAGCAUUCAGGCGGUUUUCACAUUUGAUCGUGAUGGUGUCAGUCAACAUCCUAAUCAUUGUGCUGUAUAUUAUGCGGCUGCUUCAUUAUGUUUAGCUAAUUUGUUACCAAAAGAUUGUAAAUUUUAUGCCUUGGACUCAAUUAACAUUGUUAGAAAAUAUUUAUCAAUUUUAGAUAUAAUUUGUACAUGUUUUAUGGCGAGGCAUUGGUGCAUUUUAAGCUGGAAAGAAGCGGCGGUGGUGCGUAGUGCCAUGAGGAAACAUGAGUCCCAAAUGAAAUGGUUUCGUUGGAUUUACAUAUGUUUUUCGCGGUAUAUGUUCAUCAAUUCCAUACGUGAAGUUAAUCUAACCGAUGUUGAAUUGGAAAUGCAGAUUCACGAUAAUUAGUAAUAAAAGACAUAUAGCUGACAUGCAAUGUAAAAACAUCAGCCACAACAACAAAACUUAGGACGAGUACAACAAAUAAUUGCCAAGGAAAAUACAACUUUUUAGCAAUAAUAAUAACAAUACACACUUAUAAUGAUGACGAUGGUGACGAAGAAGACAGAGACGAUAAUAAUAAUGGUGAUUUUAACACUGAUAAUGAUGAUAUUGAAACCAAAUAUACAAUAUACCUACCUACCAUAUACAUAAAUAUGGAAUAGUAAAUGCACCAAAUGCAAUAUUAAUCAUAAUACACUAGAUUGAGUAAAACAACCAACUACCUUCAUAACAAGAACAGAAGAAACUUGAUAGAGAGCUCUCGGAAAGGAGAAAAGGAAACUAGAACUUUCCAAAAGAAAAAAAUCCUAGUAGCAGUUAUUUUUGGCUAAUGUUCCAAGUUUUAGUUAAUGCUAAACAGUAACAACAACCCCAACAACACCAAUACCAAUCAUGACGUAAUGAAUGAAUGAUUGAUUGAUUAAAAAGACGAUAAUAAACAUACCGAUGAUUAAGAUGGUGAUGCUAAUUUGGUUUAAAAAGUAA